AGGAUCGCUAGCGCGCGUACAAUAGGGAAAGCAACUUUUUCUAUGAUGGCCGUGAGUGCGAGGAAGGAUUUGUGAAUUUUGUCGUAGUAUUGGAAUUUAUACACUUUAGUACAAUGAUGUCCAAAGCCGCAGUAGGCAUAGCUGUUGGCAUCGCCGGAAUUUUCGUCGGCUAUUGCUUUUAUUUCGAUCAGAAACGCCGCAGCGAUCCCGAUUUCAAGAAAAAGCUCCGGGAACGUAGAAGAGCCAAAAAACAAGCACAAAAAGCUUCUUCAAAGAUACCAGAUUUAAGAGAUCAUGAAUUAGUGCAGAAAUUCUUUUUGCAAGAGGUACAACUUGGAGAAGAAAUGCUUGCUUGUGGAGAGAUAGAAGGUGGAAUUGAGCAUUUAGCUAAUGCAGUAGCAGUAUGUGGACAACCAGCUCAAUUGUUAACUGUUCUGCAAAAAACUCUGCCACCACCAAUUUUCCAAAUUUUGGUACAACGAUUACCUAUGGUUGGCCAGAAACUAGUAUCACAAACUCAAAUGGCAGAGGAAGACGUCGAGUAGAUUAAUAUAAAGUUGACAAUUCUUAAA